AUGCUCGAGGUUCGAUUGGGCACAAGCAGAAAAUGGUUUCCCCACAUGCAGGAGCCAAUUAAAAGCUAUAGCGCCUACCGCGUCUAUUUGACGAGCUGCUUGUGGUUGCAGAAAUACGGGGAAUUGAUUUUGCAACAUCCACCUCGAGCUCUCUUCAUUACGAUUUUCGGCAUUCCCCGUCCUCAUAAUGCAAGAAUAAGUGCCGUGAAAGCACAAUUGGAUUUUCAACAAUGUAAGUAA